CCGUCACACCUCGAAAUCCCUCCUUCCCCAAGGAUCAUGGAGAAGCAAUCCUCUACCAAGCCUCCUCCUCCUCCUCCCCUCGUCUCUCCCCAAGAUUUCGAGCUCCUCGCCGACGACUUCUCCUCCGGCGUCACCUCCCGCCGCCUCCGAUGGCUCCCUCUCCCCCUCCUCGACCUCACCCUUGCCGCUCUCCUCCGCCGCGACUUCCCCCUUUCCGUCAAACCCCUCCUCCUCGUCUUCCUCGAAGACUCCUCCUUCCUCCUCUUCCCCUCCCUCUCCUCCCUCGCUCCUCUCCUCGACUCCCUCCGCUCCUUCCUCCUCUCGCCGGACCCUCCCCCUCCUCUCAAGGACCAGUUCGUGGCCUCCGCCACGGCCAUCCUUAUCACCACUCUCCCAUCGCCGCUUGAUCCCUCGUCUACAGCGCCGUUGGAGUCUUUGAUCUCGAUCUUGCUCGCCGUCGUCCACCGUCCCAACCACGGCCCUGACCGCCAGUCCCGGGCUGCCGCCGCCGAGUGCCUACGUGAGCUUGAGCUCGCCUUCCCUCUUCUCCUCUCCACCGCCGCCGGCCAUCUCUGGUCCCUAGCCCAAUCCGAGCGCACCCACGCUUCCCAAUCUUAUGCCCUUCUCCUUGCCUCCACCCUUCUCCACAUCGUCCAUUCCCCUCUCAUUUCAUCGCCUCUCCCCCUCUUCUCCACCUCCCUCCCUCUCCUCCCCUUCAACAUCCCCCAGUCCGUGUUCUCCUUGGCCGACGAUGAUCGCGACCCGACGGAGCUAAAUUUGAGGGAGAUCCGACGCGUCCUGGCGUUUUUGCUUGAUCGGACUCCGGCAUUGACCCCUUGCGCCUUGGCGGAGAUGGUCUCGGCGCUGCUGGGGAUCGUUGCCGCGCUGGAGCACCGCGUGCCGGCCGUCACCGCGCUCCUCAAGGUGCGCUUCUCUGGACUGAUCUACUCCUAUGACCCUGUCCUCGUCCAUGUCGUUCUCACGCUCUAUGCGCGGUUCUCAGAUGCAUUCACUGGGGAAGACGAACUCGCCAUUGCUCGCCGGCUGGUUCUUCUCUCCAAAGACGCUCAGAUGCCACUCGUUUUUCGUUUACUUGCUCUACAUUGGCUUCUCGGUUCCAAACACUUGGUUGAUGAGAAGGUUUCUUUGUCUGAAUUAGCACCGUGUUUCUAUCCGUUGGUGUUUGAUCCUUUGGCUUUGAAAGCUAAGAAGCUUGAUGCUCUUGCUUGCAUUGCUGCUCGCGAGGAGGUUUCGGGUGACGGAGGUGAAUCGGAGGUGGUGAAGCUCUUCAAUGAUGGAUUGGUCUGUGUUUCGGCGUUCAAAUGGUUGCCGCCAUGGAGCUCUGAGACAUCAGUGGCCUUCCGUGCAUUCCAUGAGUUCUUAAUUGCUGUUGCUCCUGCUGCAAUCUCUGAUUCUACCAUUUUUUGCUUUCUAAAGGUUAUGUUUGUGAAACUGGCAUUAGAGCACCCUCGAUUGGUUCCUGUGAUCGCUGCCUUUGUUGACAGGCUAUGGGAAUGCAAUGUGCAUAGACAAGUGGGUGAAUGGCUUCUCCAAACAUUCGAUGAGCAGUUGCUUCCCAAGCUUAAACCAGGGUACCAGUUGGUCUCAUGCUUCCCCAUAUUUGAAAGGAUUGCCGAGAGUGAUUCGAUACCUCCUUGUGGUUUGUUGGAAUUGCUCACCAGGCAUAUGGUUUAUCUUACAGAGAAACAUGGCCCUGAUGCCGGUCUCAGGUCAUGGUCACAAGGGAGUAAGGUUUUGGGUAUUUGCAGAAUGAUGCUGAUGCAUCACCACAGCUCCAGAGUGUUUCAUGGCCUCUCACGGCUCCUCGGUUUCACUUGCCAGUUCUUUCCUGACUUGGAGGUUCGUGAUAAUGCGAGGAUAUACUUGAGAAUGCUUGUUUGUAUUCCUGGGAAGAAGCUGAGGCAUAUACUUAGUCUUGGUGAACAACUACUGGCGGUGUCACCUUCUACCAACUCAAGUUCAUUCUUCCAGGUUCCAUCCCCUCGGCACUCUAAAGACUUCAAGAAGAUAUCAGGUGUCACUUCCUUCAUACACCUGAGACGGGUGACUUCAUUGCUUGUGAAACAGUCAUGGUCUCUAGCACUACCUAGUUUGGGCACUACUAAUGAAAUUAGUUACUCUGAAGGCAUCAGGGACAUUGUUCCUGCAUCUGUGCAAUCGAAUGAGGAAUCUGAAGUGGAUGUUGAGAAAAUCAGUUUGCCUUCGGAGCCUCUUCGAGUAAUGGAUUCAAAAGUGGCAGAAAUAGUGGGAAUUCUGCGGAAACAUUUUGCAUGUAUUCCUGAUUACAGACACAUGGCUGGAAUUAAGAUAACGAUACCUUGUACUCUGAGUUUCGAAGCUGAACCUUUCAGUCGUAUAUGGGGAAUUGAUUUAUCUGAUCUGGGAUCGGAUGGGGUGGAAGGGUUGCCUGCCUUGUAUGCAACCACACUAACCUUUACAUCUACUUCAAAAUAUGGAUCAAUCCCACCCUGUCGUAUCCCUUUUCUCCUUGGCCAACCUUCCAAAGCGGGGCUUGAUAUAGUACCUAUUGGAAGUGGUUUUGAGAAAGAUUCAAGCAUCCAAGCUUCAGUAACUAUAGAAUUGGAACCCCGAGAGCCAAUGCCCGGUCUCAUUGAUGUUGCCAUCAAGGCAAAUGUAGAGAAUGGCCAAAUUAUCUCCGGUUCACUACAAUGUAUCUCAGUCGGUCUUGAAGACAUGUUUCUCCAGGCUAUUGCUCCUCCUGACAUUAGCAAAGACGAGCUACCAGUCUAUUACUUCGAUCUGUUUCAUGCCUUGUGGGAAGCUUGUGGCAAUUCUGCUAAUACGGGACGAGAAACCUUUCCCUUGAGUGGAGGUAAAGGAGCUGCAGCAAUAAGCGGGACCCGAUCUGUUAAACUUUUAGAAGAACAUCCUGAUUCAUUGAUCAAUGCUGUUGAAAAACACUUGUCUCCUUUUGUUGUUGCUGUCAUUGGUGACACCCUUGUGAACUCCGUCAAGCUUAACGGAAUACUCAGAGAUGUUGUAUGGAUUGAAGACUCAUCGGAAUUCACUGGCAAUGAUGCUAAUGCUCUGGUGCCCUAUUCCGACAAACAGACUCUUCAACUAGAGUACACUCAGGAUGAACAUGAUUCAGUGAACCCCCCUGCCAUUAUAAGUAAGAAGAGCAUGGGCAUGUUUCUUGUUCUAGUAUUCCUACCACCCAGGUUCCAUUUAUUGUUUCAGAUGGAAAUCGGCAAUGUUUCGACACUAAUUCGAAUCAGAACUGAUCAUUGGCCUUGUCUUGCUUAUGUUGAUGAGUUCUUGGAGUCUCUGUUUUCACCAUAGAGAAUCAAGUUGAAUUCAGUCAAAAGAACUCGUUUUGAAGUUCUCCUCCAUUGAAUCCUCAAUGAAAAGAUCUCCACCGUCCAAGUUCAAAGUGGGCCUCAAUCAACGUUCACUAAUUCGCCACGUGUCCUUCA